UAGCAGCCGCGUUUUUGUGAAUUUAAAGUGUGAAAUAGUCUACAUUUUUUUAAUUUACCAAUAUCUUUCAGAAAGUGUACUAUAAAUCAAACUAUUUCCGUGUGUUUAACCGAGCAGGAACAUGUCAAUGGAUAUUCGAUCGUUUUUUGGCCGCGGCGGAUCGGCCGCGAAGCCUUCGAAGGCGCCGGAACCGGCCAAGACGCCCAAUGCGAAGCGAAAGGCUGUUAUCAUCAGCGACGACGAAGAGGAAACUGAACGUCCAAUCAAACGAAGCGACAAAGAAGCACCACCAUCAACAACGGCAGCUGCAAAGAAACGACGUGUGAUCGACUCGGAUGAUGAGAAAACUCCGGUAAAGAAGAAACCCGUCGAGGUCAGGCCCAAGCUCGAAAAACUGAAGCCGGUAAAUGUGACCGAUGUGUUCAGCUCGGCACCGGUGAAACGCGUGGAACUACCGAAGAUACCGAAGAAGAAAACCUUGGAACCGGUGGCUAUUGAACAGGCGGAAGCGGAAGAGGAGGAUGUGAUCCCGGUCACUCCACAGCCGGAGAAAAAGUCCCAAAGGAAAGAUAGGAAUGGGAACGACAAGACACCGGAAAAGCCGAAAACGUCUCCGAUUGAAAAGAAGGUUGUCAAGCGGGAAUCCAGUCGAGAAGACGAACCCAAGAAAACGUAUGUCAUUCCGGAGGCAUCCGAUAAGCCGAAAACGUCUCCGAUUGAAAAGAAAGUUGUCAAGCGGGAAUCCAGUCAAGAAGAUGAGCCUAAGAAGAAGCAUGUCACACCGGAAAAAAAGAGAACGAUUGAACCAACGGCCACUCCCAAAAGUGAAUCAAGCAAGAGCAAAAAGAAUCUCAACGAAUCCGUCAAAGAUCCGAACGAUUCCGUGUUGACCGACGAGGAACGUCACGAGCGUAAGCGAAUGUCGGCGAUUCUGUACCAGAAGUUCAAAAACCGUCAAGGACCGGCCAAUCCGGGCUCGAAGGAAAUUCCCGAAGGAAAGCCAAACUGCCUCGUGGGCUUACAGUUUGUCAUAACGGGCGUCCUGGAAUCGAUGGAGCGGGAUGAAUGUGCGCAGGUGAUAAAAGAUUUGGGCGGCAAGGUGGUGGGAGCCGUAUCUAAGAAGGUUACCCACAUGGUUAUCGGAGACGAUGCCGGUCCAAAAAAGAUUGCUCAAGCGGAAGAUCUAGGAAUAACCACGUUGACCGAAGACGGGCUGCUUAACUUGAUUCGUGAAAAGUCGGGCCAGAAGAAAACUCCGGAGCCAAAGAAGGUUUCCAGUGAAUCUGAAAGUGGCAUCGAGAAGAAGCGCAAGGAGUCGCCCCGGGAGGAGAAGGAAGUGAAGAAAGUAAAGGUAGAAAAGCCAUCUAAUGCACGCUCCCCAAGUAAGCCCAAAGGCGAUGCAGGAAAAUCGGAAGCUGCCUCCGUUAAGGUAAAGGUGGAAAAAUCACCUACGAAGCAAGUGAAGCAACCCGAGAAGAAACCGUCCCCUCGCAAGGAACCGGAUGUUGAAAUUGCCAAUGUCAAACGAGAAAUGACCGACUACCAGAAAGAUAUUCAAAGUGUGGAUAAUAUGGCUUGGGUGGAUAAGUAUAAGCCGACGAGCACGAAACAGAUCAUUGGGCAGCUGGGCGCAAGCAGUAACGUACAAAAGUUGACCACUUGGCUUUCGACCUGGUACAAGAACAAUGAUGGUACGAAAAAGCACGCUAAACCGAACCCUUGGGCCAAGAAUGAUUCUGGGGCUGCAUUUAAGGCCGCGCUUCUCUCGGGACCGCCCGGUGUUGGAAAGACAACGACGGCCACGUUGGUUUGCCGGGAGUUGGGAUUCGACACGGUAGAGUUUAAUGCCUCCGAUACUCGCAGCAAGAGGUUGCUGAAGGAGGAAGUGUCCGAGCUUCUGAACACCAAAUCACUGGCCGGGUACUUUGGUGGCAAGAGCGAUAAAGUUUCCAGCAAACACGUGCUGUUGAUGGACGAAGUGGACGGGAUGGCGGGUAACGAGGAUCGGGGCGGAAUGCAGGAGCUGAUCGCGUUGAUUAAAGACAGCCACAUUCCGGUCAUUUGCAUGUGUAACGAUCGGAACCAUCCGAAGAUCCGAUCGUUGGUGAACUAUUGCUUCGAUCUCCGCUUUAACCGCCCUCGCGUGGAGCAAAUAAAGGGCGCCAUGAUGUCGGUUUGUUUCAAGGAAGGGCUCAAACUGAGUCCGGGUGUGCUGGAGGAGAUUAUCACCGGCACUGGAGGUGAUGUACGGCAAACGUUGAACCAUCUGGCGUUGUACAGUGCUGGUAAGUCGAUGGCAGCAUCGAUGUCGGUCGACUCGGCCAAGAAGCAAGCGGACUCCUCCAAGAAGGACAUUAAGAUUGGUCCGUGGGAUGUGAUAAGAAAGGUGUUUUCCGCCGAAGAUCACAAGACCAUGACGCUGAACGAUAAAGCCGACCUAUUCUUUCACGAUUACAACAUUGCGCCGCUGUUUGUUCAGGAGAACUAUUUGAAAGUACAACCGAAAGCUCCCCGGACCGAGUGGCUGGAUCGGAUUGCGCUUACGGCGGAUAGUUUAAGCAGGGGUGACAUGGUUGAUCGAAGAAUUCGUUCGAACAUGGCGUGGACAUUGCUGCCCGUGCAGGCCAUGUACAGUUCGGUGAUGCCCGGAGAGUUUAUGGAAGGCCAUUUUACCGGGCAGAUAAACUUCCCCGGAUGGUUAGGUAAAAACUCGAAAUCAACCAAACGCAAGCGGUUGGCACAGGAGAUUCACGACCAUACGAGGGUAGCUACGUCCGGAUCGAGGCUUGCCAUUCGGCUGGACUAUGCACCGCAUCUGCUGAGGUCGAUCGUACAGCCGCUUCAACGGCGCGGAGCAGAAGGAGUCAACGAUUCGCUGGAAGUGAUCAAAGAAUAUCGCUUGCUGAGGGAAGACAUCGAUUCACUGGUGGAGCUCAGUACGUGGCCGAAGAACAAGAGCCCAAUGGAUUCGGUGGAUGGAAAGGUUAAGGCGGCCCUCACGAGGGCGUACAAUAAAGUCAUUGCUCCGUACUCGUACUCCGCCAUGGCGACGGUGAAGAAGAAGACGCACGACGCCGGGCAGGAUGAAAUGGACGGAUUGUACAUGGAUGGUGAACAGGAUGCAGCGCCUCAGCAGGUCGAGUCGGACGAAGAGGAAAAAGAGGACAAACUGGACGAUAAUGCUUUCAUUAAAAUUAAGAAAAAGCCUGCCGCCGGCGGAUCCACUAAAGCUGGUACUUCAAAAGCAAGUGCUCCUGCAAAGGGAAAGAAAAAGUGAAAUCCUUCCGGUUGUUAAAUUUGAAUCUAAUUUUCGGAAUAAAAGUUGGCAAAUACAA